UUUUAAAUUGUCAAUAAAAUUAUUUAUCAUUUGAAAAAAAUAAGUGUGUUGGUGUGUUUAUAAGUGUUGGUGAAAUAGAUUAUAUAUUAGAUCUGUAUAAUGGAACAAAAACGUCCUAACCGGUUAAGUCAAUGCACAUGGAAGGCAAAUGCAACAGAUACGCCUCAUACAGUAAGACAAGAGCCUUCAAAUCGUAACAGUAUUUUGCCCAACAUUUUGGAAGCUAUUGGUCAAACUCCUUUAGUACGUUUAAAUAACAUUCCUCAAUUACACGGACUAGAAUGUGAAAUAUUUGCAAAAUGUGAAUUUAUGAACCCUGGUGGUUCUGUGAAAGACAGAAUCGCAUAUAGAAUGAUCCAAGAUGCAGAAGAAAAAGGAAUAUUGAAGCCAGGUUCUACUAUAAUUGAACCAACUAGUGGUAACACAGGAAUUGGUUUAGCAAUGGUUGCUGCUGUUAAAGGAUAUAGAUGUAUCAUUGUUAUGCCAGAAAAAAUGUCUAAUGAAAAAGUACAAGUUUUACGUGCACUUGGAGCUGAAAUAGUCAGAACACCAACGGAAGCAGCUUGGGAUAGUCCUGAGAGUCAUAUUAGUAUUGCUCAAAAAAUACAAGAAGAAAUUCCUAAUAGUGUUAUUCUUGAUCAAUAUACGAAUAGUGGGAAUCCCCUAGCUCAUUAUGAUCAAACAGCAAUGGAAAUUUGGAAACAAUGUGAUGGAAGGUUAGAUUAUGUCAUAGUUGGUGCUGGUACAGGAGGAACUGUCACUGGCAUUGGACGCAAAUUGAAAGAAUUAGAUCCUAAAGUAAAAAUCAUUGCAGUUGAUCCUAUUGGUAGUAUUCUUGCACUUCCAUCAGAGUUAAAUAAAGAAGAUUGUAGUUUUUAUGAAGUUGAAGGAAUUGGAUAUGACUUUCUACCUACUGUAUUGGAUCAUAGUGUGGUAGAUAAAUGGAUAAAAAGUAAUGACUAUGAAUCAUUAAAUGCAGCACGUAUGCUUAUUAAACAGGAAGGAUUAUUAUGUGGAGGUAGUAGUGGUGCUGCUCUAUCUGUAUGUUUAAAAAUUGCAAAAGAUAUUCCUGCAAAUAAACGUGUUGUUGUUGUGCUACCUGACGGAAUACGAAAUUAUAUGACUAAGUUUGUAUCUGACAAUUGGAUGAAAAUUAGAGACUUCUUGGACAUACCAUCAGAUCAAUCAAAUAAAUGGUGGUCCAACUAUCCAGUUUCAAUUUUAUCCAUAACUAAACCUCCUGUAUUAUACAAAACAGCAACAUGCGAAGAAGCCAUUCGUAUUCUUAAAACCACAAAUUCAAAUGUAGUUGUAAUUAUUGACGAUGAAGAAAAAGUUAAAGGUGUUCUUACAAUGCAAUUACUAAUGAAUAAAUUAGUAUGUGAUGAAAUUGAACAGACAGAUUGUAUAGAAAAUAUUAUUAUAAAACAAUUCGUAAAAGUUAUAUCUACAAUAACACUCAUAAAACUAUCAUUAAUUCUUGAAAAUGAAUCUUAUGCAGUUGUUGUAGAUCAUGUGAACAGUGAUGUUUUAGUUGGAAUUGUAAAUCAUUCAGACAUUGUUAAUUUUAUUUCUAACAAAGACAAUAUCACUAAUGGAUCCACAUAAUUGUGCAUUUAUCGUUAUUUUUAUAAUUUUAUAUACAUAUAUAUUGUAAAAAAAUCAUAAAACGACAAAGAAUUGUAAACAUAUGUAAAUCAUGUUAAAUAAUAUUAUAGUGGAAUAAGAAUUAAAAAUCAGAUUUACAUCAAUGUUUACAAACUACUAAUUAUUCUGUUAUUUUUAUAAAGG